ACAAAUUCUAAAGCAUCAGAGGAGAGAUAGAAGUUGUUGAUCGGAAUCAAUGGCGUCGACGGAGAAGCAAGAAAGUAGUGGAGGCGAGAAACCGGCGAAGAGAAAGCCUGUGUUCACCAAAGUGGAUCAACUGAAACCGGGAACAAACGGUCACACCUUGGUGGCGAAGGUGUUAUCUUCCAACACUGUCUUGCAGAAGGGAAGACCCUCCACUUCCCAAAACCUUCGACCCACUCUCAUCGCAGAGUGCCUCAUCGGUGAUGACACCGGCACCAUCAUCUUCACCGCUCGCAACGAACAAGCUGACCUAAUGAAGCCAGAGAAUACAGUGAUUCUUCGUAAUGCAAAGAUUGACAUGUUUAAGGGAUCAAUGAGGCUGGCUGUUGACAAAUGGGGCCGCAUCGAGGUCGCUGAACCUGCAGAAUUUGUAGUUAAAGAGGACAACAACCUAUCUCUGGUCGAAUAUGAAUUGGUUAACGUGGUUGAGGAAUGAUUCUACAGAAGAGAGAAAAUAUGGCUUUAUGAAUUGUUUACGGUACAAUGGAUAUUGUCAAGGUAAAAAAAAAAAAACUUAACUGUUGAUGGAUGGGUUGGUAUACAUGCUUACUUCUGUUAGCCGGUAUUUUUCUUUGACAUGUCUGACAUCUUUUAGGGUUAAGUUGAUGUCACUUGAACGGUGUUGUGUCAGCAAUCAUGAUUUGCUAUUAUCUGUAUCAGCUACUGUAU